AUGCCAUUAUGGCGUAAAAGGAUAUAUCAAAGUCUCUGCCUGUAUAUCUAUCUGGUGACUGGAGGAGUUUUUAAGGUGAAUGUCAGCAUUUUCACAAAGUCUAUUGCAAGUCCAAGUUCGGUUUCACAGCUAGAGCGAGCUGAAAAAGGCGAGACUGGUUGUACUUCACUGAUUUUCUCGUGUCGGUGGACUCAUUGCACCUCAUACACAUCGGUUAAAAUGAUGAUGACACCCAGGGACAGAGCAAGGGUGUGUAAGAGUCUGAGCCUCAUGCUCCUCUUGGCCGUAGUGACGGUCACCUUUGUCCAGAUCGGUAACAUCAGCUCUGAAGUGCAGUUUCAGACAGAGAGGGAGGCACUGCAGGAGGCAACCAUUUCAAAAAGGGCGCUGCUGAAGAAGGACCCUUUACAGGACCCCAUCAGCUUCUGGAAUGCGGGGCCAGAGAAGCCACGGCCCAUCCCUGACAGACACAUUUGGGCUGAGGACAGAGCACCCAGGACCUGGGAUGUCACUUCCACCAACUGCACCGCCAACCCCAACUUCACCAGCGUGGGGUGGUUCGCUGGUCUGGAGCCCAACUUCAAGCAGUUCCUGCUCUAUAGGCACUGCAAGCAUUUCCCUAUGAUCAUCAACCACCCGGAGAGGUGCAGCGGGGAGAUUUACCUGCUGAUGGUCAUCAAGUCCAUCAUAACCCAGCACGACCGCAGGGAGGUGAUCAGGCAGACGUGGGGGAGGGAGCAGGUGAUCGAUGGGAAGAGGGUGAAGACCCUUUUCCUCCUGGGGGUGCCGUUGAACGAGGAGGAGAAGGCCCACCACCAGAAGCUCCUGGAGUACGAGAACCUCAUCUACGGCGACAUCCUGCAGUGGGACUUCAUGGACACCUUCUUCAACCUCACCCUCAAGGAGACCCACUUCCUUAAGUGGUUCCACAUGUACUGCCACGAUGUGCGGUACAUAUUCAAGGGGGACGACGACGUCUUUGUCAACGUCCCAAACAUCUUUGAGUACCUGGCGAGCACCAGCACUGAGAACCUCUUUGUGGGGGACGUCCUGUUCAAGGCCAAGCCCAUUCGAAAGAAGGAGAACAAAUACUACAUCCCCCGGGCCCUGUACAACAAGACACACUACCCGCCGUACGCAGGCGGCGGCGGUUUCCUGAUGGACGGCGCCCUGGCCAGGAAGCUCUCAGGAGCAUGCGAGGCAUUGGAUCUUUACCCCAUCGACGAUGUCUUCCUGGGCAUGUGCCUGGAGGUCCUCCGGGUGGCGCCCAUCAAACACAACGCCUUCAAGACGUUCGGCCUGGUGAAGGACAAGACCAGCAGGCUGAACAGGGAGCCGUGCUUCUUCAAGAGCAUGAUCGUGGUGCACAAGCUGCUGCCCCCUGACCUGCUCCAGAUGUGGAAGCUGGUUCACAGUGACCUUGUCUGCGCACAGAAAGCAGCUCUCCUAUAG